AUGUCGCUUCAAGCCAUGAUAUCUUCAUCCUUCUCCCUUCAUUCCUCAUUGAAGCAUUCGCCACCCGACCAUCUCACUAACGGUCCGUCGUUCUUGACACCCACCGCUUACCCAAACGGACCAAAUGCCCACACUCCAUGUCUCUCCCGCCAAUCUGACAUCUUGCGUUGGAUAUCAUCCACUACUCAUAACGGGCAGCCACAGAACACAACACGGGUUGAUAGUGGUGGGAUUGUUGAGGUACGGUUUAGCUUGGAUGAAGAAGCACACAUGGCGAGCAUUUUUAUCUGCCCAGUCCUUGUUCUGUGGCCUGAGCAGUGGUUGGAGUCGGCAAAUGCUAAGGAUGUCGUUUGUCAGGUGGCAACACGUUCGACAAUUCAUACAGUAGCGGUGGUAAUACCAGGCGCCACACGCAACGACUCUCGACAACCGGCGAAGAAAACUGCUCUGGAAGGCCAUAGUACGAACUUGUUGACACAAACUCAUCCCUCCACUAAUGACGCAAUAAACGAGUAUCGCAGACUAUCAUCCAUAUAA